CGCCCCCUCCCUCCGCCUCCUCCUCCCUCGCCCGCAGCCGAGCGUCCCCUCCCCCCACCCGUCGGGCUCUUCGUCGGCUACUGCAGAGGAUUCAGAGCCUAGUCUGAGGAGGAGGCUCCCGUUCCCUGCGCGCCAUCCGCCACCUUACUGGACACCGGCGAGGGAGCGAGAGCGUCGCCACUGUAGCCUCCAGAGAAGACAAGGGCAUCGCCGCCUCCGCCGCCGCCGUCGUCUUCGCCUGCAGCGGCCAGCCGGAUCCUCAGUCUUCCACAAUGAACCCUGUGUAUAGCCCCGUGCAGCCUGGGGCUCCUUACGGCAACCCUAAGAACAUGGCCUACACAGGUUACCCUACAGCCUACCCGGCAGCAGCCCCUGCCUACAAUCCCAGCCUGUACCCCACCAAUAGCCCCAGUUAUGCUCCAGAGUUUCAGUUCCUGCAUUCAGCUUAUGGAUACCAUGAAGCAGAUCCUCUCUCAUUCAUGAGGGGACAUCUCAAGUGGGGCACCAGCAGCACCUCCCCAGGAGGUAUAAAAGCAACUCUGCUGAUGAAACAGGCCUGGCCACAGAACUCGUCUUCCUGUGGUACUGAAGGCACCUUCCACCUCCCAGUGGACACCGGGACCGAGAACCGAACUUACCAAGCAUCCUCUGCGGCUUUCAGAUAUACUGCGGGGACACCAUACAAGGUCCCACCGACCCAGAGUAAUACUGCUCCGCCCCCCUACUCCCCUUCACCCAACCCCUAUCAGACGGCCAUGUAUCCAAUCAGAAGUGCCUACCCCCAGCAGAAUCUGUAUGCCCAGGGAGCCUACUACACACAGCCGGUGUACGCUGCCCAGCCCCACGUCAUCCACCACACCACGGUUGUCCAGCCCAACAGCAUCCCCUCUGCCAUCUACCCGGCGCCUGUUGCUGCCCCCAGGACCAAUGGGGUGGCCAUGGGCAUGGUGGCCGGCACCACCAUGGCAAUGUCAGCAGGUACCCUGCUGACUGCACCCCAGCACACCGCGAUCGGGGCACACCCUGUCUCCAUGCCAACAUACAGGGCCCAAGGGACCCCCGCGUACAGCUAUGUCCCCCCGCACUGGUAAAGCCUGCAGCCCAUCCAAGUCUGGAGUCACACAUUGUAUGCAACUACUCAAGUCUUACACAGGUGCUGGAGCAGUCCCCUAUCAGCACCACCUCUGUUUGCAAGAAGAGACAACGGAAGUGCAAGGGUCACUUUAUGCAUCUUUAACGGUUUUGGUUUUUAUUUUUGGUUUUUGUAAAAGCUGCUUUUUCUAAUCUCCUGCCUCUCCCCACUGUCCCCUUCUUAGCCGCUACCCUUCCAGCUCUGUCCCCUCCUUCUGACCAGGCACAUCCUCUCUGCUCUUCGUCUCUCCUUCCCCAAGCAUCUGGUCCCUGGGGACCCCAGUCUAGUGGCAGGCAGAGAGGGGGGUUUAUUGCAAUGGUUCAGCUGAAGAUGUGAUUUCCUUUGAAGAGCAUAACACAUGUGGCCCUCGGGUCCAGGGUAGAAACUCAGAGCUGUCGAGCAAGUUACAUCUCUGGGGGAUUGUUUCUUUAUUUUUCCUAAGCAAGAUUGGUUGGGGACAUGACCAUGUCCUGACACAAGGGAAAGUCUUCUGAGAACCAUCGCAACAGACCAAGAACAGAACCACCUGAUUAGGUAGGAGUGUUCAUAGCAGCUUAAUACCCCGGGUGAGAACCUGCGAAAACCAGAUUCUUUCCUUGGGAGAACUUGAGGGAGGGUGGGAAGGAGGGAGGGCACUGUGGGAAAGAAGAGGGGAGAGAGGUGCUUGCCUGCUGGCUUUGGUUUGUAAGGUCUCUGGCCAAAUUGUCUGGGCCUGGACCCUCUGAUUUGCACAGUGUUGUUAACUGACCUGGCACUUCCUCAAAAGGUAAUUUUGACCUCAGACCUGCCAAGCAGCUGCAGGGUGAUGGUAUCCCAGCCUCCCAAAGCCUUGGAAGGCCAGGUGCCCUAUGUAAUCCAGACCUUGGCCCCUGAGCCCAGUGGACCCACUCUCAUAAGAUGCUUCCUCUUGAUUAGAGUGGGAACCUAUGGCAUUUCUCUCCCUUCCCUCUGCCUUUCCCAGUGCCAGGGCUCACCAGUCUGUCCAUGGGGCUCUUGGUUACCUUGUGCCAUUCACGGCCAAAGUGAAGGAACCACAUUCCAGGUGGGUGCUGGCAGCUCUGAAGGUCAGGAUAGUGAAGGAAAAGCAAUAGCAAUAAACAUUUCAUAGACUCAUGGAACUGAAGGGACCUUAGCAAUCAUCUCAUCCAUUCCCCUGUUUGAUUGAUGAGGAAGCUGAGGCCCAGAGAAGACAAAAGGACUUCCCUAGAUCUAGCAGUAAAUUAGCAUUAAAUGCAGCCUUCCUACCUAAGGGCAUGUUAUCCACAAAAAUUUACCUAGGGUUGGAUUAGCUUGGUUUUGUAAAAAUUAAGUCAGCAGCACCCACACCUGGUGAACUCUGGAACAGUCUCUGGGCUUUGGUUUCUGCUCUUUUCCUCCAUGGAUUCCAAAGGAGGGGUUUGAAGACUGGGCAGAGGUCACAUGGGGGCAGAUGGCAGGAACAGAAAUUGCAAAUGAGGAAAUAGCAUUUGGAAAUUCUGUGAAGACAUCUGGAACUUUCAUUUUAUACCGGACUCCAGCCCUAGAAGGAGCAAGUGGGCUGGCUGAAAAGGAGAAUCUAUGCUUUUAGGACAGUAGCCCCUCAUCCUGAGAAGAGAGGAGGACAAGGAUGAGGCCCAGGAGACAGGGGCUCUCAUGGGAGAAGAGGAACCCCUGAGUCAGGAACCGUGGCUAGUCUCAGCCAGGAGCCCACUGUCCCAGCACUGUCCCCUGCACCCAGCUUCUGGCUGGGCCAGCAGCCCCUCUAGGGGUAAGGGGUGCAGGAACAUUUUACUGUACAAAAUGGGAUCAUCGAUAACAUUUGGGACUUUUAAAUAACCCUUUUGAUUUUAAAUUCACGCAUACUUGGAUACACCCCUACCCCUACCUCCCAUGUCUCCCUUAAAGGAGGAAAAAAUCAGGAAACUUGAGCCAGAAGGACCUCAGAGGCUGUCUGGCCAUUCCCAGGAGGGCAGAGCCCAUCAGCGUCCAACUGAGAGCCAGGAGUUGGGGGACCCACCUUCUUGGCCUUCCGGGGAACUGCAGGACCAGUAAGGAGAACCCUAACUAUUCUAAAUGGUCUGUUCUAGGGUGCUGAUGGGGUUUCUUUUUAAAACAACAGUUUUCCAGUGUUAAUCCAUUUUUUGCAAAUACCUCCUCCUACUCUCUGGUUUUGUAAGGGUGGGUGAAGGUUGUUCUAGAUUAUGUCAUACGUGUUUGGAAAAUGCCAAAAUAAUACUAAUGAUAAUAGGAAACCUUUGCAUUUGUCAGGUGCUCCAUAGAUUCGAGCGCUUCCCAGUCUUUAAUUUACUGGCCCUGAGAGAGAGGCAGGGUCAGAGUUCUUGCACCCAUCGAACAAAUGAGGAAACUGGUUCUAGAAGGAAAGGGAACUUGCCAAUGUGAGCGGAAUGCUAGUAUCUUAAUAGGCUUCUCUGAACCUUGCUGCCUCUAGGGGCUGGGUAGAACCACAGAGAGGAGGGGAAAAGGAGGAGACCUAGGAAUGACCUUGUUACUUUUGUUCUUUCUAUACCAGUAAGUAAAAACUAACAUCUAGUACCUCACAGUUCACAAAGCAGUUUCACAUCCACUCAUCUGGCUUAACCCUGUGAAAUAGAGUAUUCCUCCCAUUUGAUCCAUGGGGACACGGUGACUUGGGAAGGCAAAGGGACUUGCUCAUCAGCGGCAAAGUCACCUGAAUCCCAGUUUGUCCACUUUCCUUCCAGUCUGACUCCACACACAGGCUUGUGGACUGAAGCUUCUAUGCUCUGCACCCCCUCUUUGCCCUAGUAUGUAAUUCCAGAUCAAAGGCCCCAAGGCAAAAACAAGGUGCAGAAAGGUUAUGGUCUGGAAGAGCCCAAGUCCAGCACCCCUUUUUCAGUAUACGUGGUGGAGCCCCAGUUCUUCUGGCCUCCCCCUUUUGCUUUGACGGAGGUCCACAAGCCUAGCCAAGCUUGGGGAGUCAUCGCAAAGGGAACAAGUCCAGGAGAGCAGGGGCAGUAGUGUGCCUUGGGCAGAAGGAACAUUCCCAGUAGAUCAUAGGCGUCUCCUGGGCGGCAUCCAAAGAUCCUGGAUGGCCCAGUGGUAAAGCUGGACAGAAGGUCAGCUGGAAGGGCCCGGUCACUGUAGGAGGGCCAGCAAGCCAGAGGACGAGGGGUGUGCCCACAGGACAUCGUCAGCCACAAAGCUGGCACCAGCGUGCAAACGCCUGUCCACUCCACUGCUUCCCCCCCCCCACACCCCAGUACCACAAGCUUGGUGGCCAGGGUUAGGGGCACAGGUGGUUCCAGACAAUAGCCCUCUUGGCUUCCCCAGCUUCUCCUUGACUCCCUUUCCUCAGUAGCCUAGGGCCCAGGAAUCUGGUUCUGGAGUGCCCCCAAGUGGUCAAAACAUAACCUUUUUGCCAGUUUUUGAAAAAACAUCUUUUCCUGAGAUACGACAAUUGCUACAGCCCCUCUCUUGGCAGUAACCCCAAAGUGUACAUCCCCUUAGCUAAAUACUGAACAAGGCCACCUACACCUACCCACAGUUUUUUUAAUGUACAAAGUACUUUGACACUGAUUGCCAAAUUCUCACUUUAUAGAUGGAAAAAACUAAGUCCCUCAAAGGCUUAGGAGACUUGGGGCACCUGGCUGGCUUGGUCGGUAAAGCAUAUGACUCUUGAUCUCGGGGUCAUGAGUUCAAGCCCUAUGUUGGGCCUAGAGCUUACUUUUAAAAAAAAAAAAAAAAGGCUUAAGAGACUUGACAAAAGUCAUACAGUUAAGAGAAAGAGCCCAGAUGUGAACUCUUCAAAUCCUCUGCUCUUUCAGUUGGCAUCUGUCACCUGCUGGGUCUCCAGUGGCAGGCAUGAAGAAGGGGUGAGCUAUCUGUCUGCCCCAAACAGAGGAAGACUCCCAAGAGACUGGGUAGCUCAGUCCUCCCAGCUGAGAUUUUUAUAAUGGGUGGGCCCUGGGGACCCUGGCAGCACCAGGAGGAUGAGAAUUGGCAACAAAAGACCUAACUUGAACAAAACACUUUGGGGUCGUGAUGCCUAGGACUGAAGCCACAUUCAAGGGCAGCCCCAGGUAUCUGUCCAUUGAAAGACCCAUGGCCCUGGAAAGCCUGCCCACUGUCUGCACCCAGUGAGUCGGCACUCCCAGGGGACCUGGUGUAGCCCUGAAUGGCCAAAAGCACAUCUGACUUCGAUGCCUGGGCUUGCUUUUCCCAUGGAUAAGAACCAGGACCAAAGAGUUCUUGCUGUAUCCCAGCUCUUACCCCUGGCCACCCAAAUUGUUCCAAGUUUGAGGUUUACUAUCCCAGAGAGCUAGGGGGGCUCCUUUGGAGGGUUUGUUUUGUUCUGAGUGGCAUUCAGAAAUGAAUCAAUCACAUGGAGCAUAAAAAUAGGGCAGGCCCCUUGGUCGCCAAGCCUGGAGCCCUGCAUAUCAGAAUUCUUGUCUCUGCUCCAUGGCCAGAGAAGGAAGGCCUGGAGGGCAUGGUUCUUGGUCUUUGUGUGGUCUUAGUUAUAGCACUCUGGCUGGAUUAAUCACUUAGAUGUCACUGUGGCAUUCCUCCGUUGCAGUUGAGUGAAGACACAUGGAAGCUCUGCUUGUCUAUCCUGUAUUCUACCACAUCGCUACAGUAUGCGGUCCCAUCUGCUUGCUGAGCUUCAGAGAGGGGCAGGUCAGGCAGCGGAGCAGAGCAGGCAGGUAGGAGAUGGGCUCCCAGCAGGUGCAUAGCCCCAGGGGAAGCCAGGCCCCACCCAAUAGCAGGAUCACAGCAGAGGAAACCUAGCCAGGCUAACCAUCGAAUUCCAUACCUGAGCCUCUGAGAUCAGGCUCCCAUGGGCAUGCCAGGUUGACUACAGUCCUUUACCUGUGUUCCCCUCACCUAGAAAACUUGUUUCUGAAGUUACGUAUUACAUGGUUCCAGGGCCCAGCCUUCAAAAUUCCUGCCUGGCAGGCCAGCUUCAACAUUCCAUAGCCAACCUUGCCUGAGCCAGACUUGGGCCCCAUUCCCUCAGUUUCUCCAAUGGUGGUUUUCUAUCUUGCAUGCUGUUGAGUCCAGCCCAGUGGCCAACUGAGGAACACAGGGGUUGGGACUGGCUGCCACAAAGCCAGAAAGGGAAACUAGAGCUCUUGUUUCCCGCAGCUGCAUCCAUAGCCCCUGGGCAUUCAUGUUGCGGUGGUGGGGCCCUGUAUCCAUCCCAGCUCCCAGUAAAGUGGGUACUCUCUUUCCUGAAGAGAACAGAUAUUAACAGCUUUGCAGAUAAGUACCAGCCCAUAGGAGUCAGAUGGGUGAAAUCCUCUUUGGGCCAGACCCCAGCAAGACCAGCAGCUCCAGGCUCUAGCCUUCCUCCUUAUGCCUGUGAGUCAGGAAAAGAGUGGGAAUGCCCACAGACCACCUUCUCGGGUCAGCCAGAUCAUGUGGAUCUGUGAGGAGACUCCAGCUCCUCCUUACCCAAGGGGAGGUAAGGCCAGGCCUCUAGCAACUUGGAAGUUGUCUAUAAUGACCUUUAAAAGCCCAAGGGUCUGUCCCCAUCUCCUGACUAAAAGGCAUUGCAUCCCUAUUUCAUAUCACAUGACAGAGGAACCUUCUUGUGGCAUGUAACAUCCCUGUAAGAGCAUUGUACAUGAUUUUGUAUUUUUUAAUUAAUUUUAAUCUACAGGUUGGAAUCUAAUUUUUAAAUUUUAUUGGAACUCACAUUUUAAAAAAGAAAAACAUUUAAAAUAAUAAUAAUAAACCUUUGACCGGUGUCUUCCAAGUAGUUUGAUCAAAGAACUUAGAAGUGUUUUCAAAACACAGCCUGGAGUGUAAAGAUUGGAAAGUCCCAUGGCCUCGCCUUGUGUGUAUGAAGUGUAAAUCUGGUUUUGUUUUGUUGUUUUGGAUUCUUUUGGGUUUUUAUUUCAUUUUAUUUUGAAGAUCAGAUAGUGAUCACUCUGAAAGAUUGAAGCCAAGAAUUUGUAACUAUGAUAUUUACUGUAAGCUGUAGAACAUUCAAUAACUAUUAAAAAAAAGUUUCCAAAAACUUUUUUGGAAAAGUC